AUGAUGGUUAACGGGGUUAUUCAUGUUACUUCUACUCCUUUAUGGCCGCAAGGGAAUGGUGAUGUAGAGAGGCAGAAUCACACUUUGCUGAAGUCAAUGAGGAUUGCUUAUGCGGCUGGGAAAGAUUGGAGGAAAGAAUUAAAUAAGUUUUUGAUGGCGUAUCGUACUACCCCUCAUACCACUACUGGUGCAAGUCCAGCGAAGUUACUAUUUGGAAGAGAAUUUCGAACUAAGGUGCCCUGUUUGAAACGGGAAUCUCAAACUAUCUAACUAAUCUCUGACUAUCUUAGCGAUAAAUCGCAGAGAGUUGUGAUAGAGGGUGUAGGUUCUCGGUACCUACCCGUUACUUCUGGUGUUCCCCAGGGAAGCAUUGUAGGACCUCUGCUGUUUGUUAUUUUUAUCAAUGACCUACCUGAUAUUAUCCAGGAACAGACAAGAACCGGCCUCUUCGCAGAUGAUACCAAGUUGUACCGAUCAGUAAAAUCCCCUUGCGACUGUGAAAGUUUGCAGCAUGAUAUUUGAACUUGAACAAUUGGAGUCAUAACUCUAACAUGAAAUUUAACGCCUCCAAGUGUAAGGUAUUAACAAUAACUCGAAAAAAAUCACCUGUAAUUACUGACUAUCGUCUGGGUAAUGUAAUUUUACAACGCGCUCACCAAGAAAAAGAUCUGGGAAUUAUUGUCAAAAGCAACUUAUCCUGGGAUUCUCACAUUUUCUCAAUCGUCAGUAAAGCCAACAAGAUGCUUGGUAUCUUAAAGAGAACUUGUCCCCUGAUUAGAGAUACUAAAGUUAGGCGAACACUAUACCUGACUUUGGUAAAAUCAAAGCUGUGCUACGCAACAGAGGUGUGGUCCCCAGCUAAUGUGAAGCUACAAGUUGCAUUAGAAAGAGUUCAAAGGCGCGCUACACGUUGGAUCCUCAAAAGUAAAGUUGGAGAAAUGUCUUAUGAAGAUAGAUUGAAAACUCUCAAUUUAUUGCCACUAACUUACGAUCGAGAAAUCAGAGAUCUUGUUCUGGUCUAUAAAUGUAUUUUCGGCCACACUGAUUUGAACAUUGAACAUUUUGUGUCAUUUAUACAUCAUAAUCGAACUCGUACUCAGAAUCCAUCUCUAAUGUUAAAAUCUCCUUACUGUAGAACAUCCACUUUCCAAGGAUCGUUCUUUAACCGAAUAGUUAAAACUUGGAAUAAUGUUGGAAAAAUAGCCUCUCCUGAAAAGUUUGCCAGUUUAACAAUUUUUAAAAGCUUUCUGCAUGUGACAUACACCGCAUUGGUCAACAGUACUUUUAAUGUUGAUAUGGCAUGCACUUGGUCGCUCACAAGAGACUGUCCCUGCCACCGUUCUUAAUAUGCAUGUUGUGUAAUAUAUAUUUGUAUAUAGUGAAUUAGGUUGGGGUUUUUUUUUACUUUUUUUUUGGAGGGGGUGCGCCUAGCAUGGGUCUCGUUGUCCCGUUUGCGCUAUCCCCUUUGGACUUAAACUUGUAAAUGUUUCUACUAUAUUUGUCCAAUAAAGCUGAUAAAUAAAUAAAAAUAAAUAAAUAAAUAAUAAACAAACGGUGAUGUGGCGGUGAAGGAUGCAUUACUGAAAGAGAAAGGGAAAAUUUAUGCUGAUCGGAAAAGACAAGCAGCAAAUAGGCAAAUCAAGACAGGAGAUCUUGUUCGUGUGAAGAAUGCCAAGCCGAAGAACAAGCUGUCAUCAAUGUUUGAAGAUGCUUUGUAUAAAGUGAAGAAUAAAGAUGGAAACGAAGUUACAGUUGAAUCUGAAGAUGGAGUACAAUACCGGAAAAAUUCAGUCCAUGUUAAAAGAUAUGAAACUGAAGAGUGUUUGAAUCCGGAACCGGUUGAUGCUGAGAAAACCUCAACUAGAGAGAAUGGAGUUUCGUGUGAACAGAAACAUGAACAGACUUUAGUCAGACCUAGAAGAGACUGUCGGCCUCCAAAACGUUUUGAUGAGUAUUUAUUGUACAAGUAAUUAAAGUAUUAGGGGAACUGAACUUAAUAUAGUUAUUUCUUUUAGUUAAAUUAGAAAGAAAAAACGUUAAAAAAAACCACUUUUGAUUAGAAUAAUGUUUCAACUAUUUGGAACUGUUAGAACUUUCAAGGUUUAAUAGUAGGAUAAUUAAUUAUAAUAAUUUAUGAACUAUGGAUGAUUUAUUCGGACUCGUAUAUUAGUAGACAAACUUGUUGAAUGGUCCUUUAGGGAAAAGGAUGCUCCUGAAAAAAGGAGGGAUGUAAUAUAUUCAUUGUGUUGUAUAUAUAAUUAGGGCUAGACUAUAUAAGUGCAUGCAUAAUUAAACAUGUUGUUCUUCUUGUAUGCUUGCUGUUUGGUCUAGUGUCCUAGGUUGUUUUAUGACCAAAGUUAAUCAAUUGCAUCGUGUUGUAUUUCUGCUCUAUAACAACACAUAAAGGGAGGGGGAUGAUGAGGGUGUUGAUGUUACAGGCGAUGGCGGUGGUGGUGGUGGUAGUAGUGUUGGGGGUUGUUGCAUGAUUAUUUUGUCAAAGAAGAAAUCGCCAGGUAAAUUUUCAAUGAGGUCAUUGGGGGUCCUAGGUAAUUUGAUAUGAGUUGUUCAGCUGCUUGGGCUGCUUGUGUUUCCACACUGUGGUCUGUUUCCAUUGUAGUGGUUUUCGAUGUUGUUUGGGUAGUGGUGUUGAAUUUCAUACACUCUGCGGGUGAAGUUUUGCUCGUAUAUGAAAUUGUAGCUGUGGCAGGAUGAGGUUUUGUAUUUUGUUGUUGUUGUUGUUUCCAUCGUAUGAAAGCUAAUUCAUAGCUUAGAUUUGUAUUAUUUUUAAAUUUGUAAAACUCUGAGAACAUACCCAUAUAAUUAUACACCAUGGGAUCCGACAUAGUUGUGCCAUGAUAAUCUAAGAAUGUCAGAAAAUCUUGUUGCGGUGAGCACAAUGUGAUGAAUAAACCUUGAAAAAAUUGUCUGUAGAUUAAAUUCAGGUCGUUUACCAUAUAGGGAAUGUGUGUGGGUGUUCUACAGUUGUUACUCAAUUACCUUAUAUGGGUAAGGUAUGUGAGAUAACGACUAGUUACUCGAUUACUGUAUAUGGUUAAGUUAUGAAGCUUGUGCAAUUAAGACUGAUGUUACGUUAUUUGUUUAUUGAAUUCUUUAGACCCAGUGGGAGUUUGACCUUGUUCGUCUUAAUAGGAUUAACGGUGGCGGUGUUGGCAUAUUUGUUUUCUUGUGAUGAAUGUUUUGAUGUUGUUAUGGAGUUAUUUAAAUUGAUGGCAUCACAGCAAUUUGAGUCUGUGCAGCAACCCACAACAAUGGGUGAAGCAGAUUUACCUGUUCCACUGGACAUUGAUCUAAGUGAGUUUGAUAAAUGUAUUUGUGAUUUAGCCCAACGUUGUGUUUCGAAAAAAAACAUAACAUUGCCUGGAAGAGUUUAUACACAUUGGUGACUUAACGGUUGGGAUUGGUAUUAUAAAGAUUACUAUUAUAAAUGCAUAAAGUAUCUUUUAUAUGAUGAAGGUUCUACGGAUGGCUUUCAUUGUGGGCAUUAUACAGUGGUUUUUGUUGAUGUUAUAAAAAAUAUUGUUAUAUGUUGCGUUGUACCCAUACACCCUUGUAGCUUAUAUUUUCAAUCGUUCAAUGUUUGAUGAUGAAAACAGACACCAUAGACUUGAGUCCAUGUUAUAUAGGUUAACUGUGGAUCAACGUAAUAUUCUGAGUAAGAUAAGAGUUAUUGCGAAUGAAAUGGGCAUUUUGGUUUCACCAGGUUUUUUAACUUUAUUAUGUGAACAUGCUGUGAAGACAAAGAUUUACAUUUAAUAAACACGAUUGUAUAGUUAAGGGAUUAUUAAAAAGUUGUUGUGUGGCUAGUGAUAAUGAUGAGAGAUAUGUUUUGCCAGACGGAUGUGAUAUCAUAGUUGAGGGAUAUUAUUACACGGGCAUUCAUGAAUAUUUGUCUUUAAAAGGGGUUUAUUAUGAAGAUUGGCUGGCAAGUGUUGAAAAUGCAUCUUAAAGUUUAUCAAGUGAACAGCUGUAUAUUUGCAGUUGACUUGUUUAUGAGUUUUAGAUAUAGCGAAUGGUCUGUUGGUAUUAUGAAUGCAAGACGUAGUAGAUAUGUGAUGCCUAUUAGAAAUAUGUUGUGUACUUAUGUUGAACGUGGUGUACUUAUACCGUAUGAAGAAUUUAUAAGGGAAACAUCUGAUACGGGACUUUUAUUUUCGCAGGAGUUGAUUAAAUAUAUCCAGUACUACAUGGUUUUAUGGAAGAACUGAGUUUUGGUGGAAAGAAUUUUGGUGAUAAGGGUUUAUUGAAAUUACAGAAUACAUAUAUUGGCGAGAACAAUGAUACAGCAGCUGUUUGUAAAGAUUUGCAAGAGGACGAGAAAUUACUGUUUUUUAUUGAAACGUUUACUGCAGAAACGACAUAUAAAUUAGUGGGACAUCAAGCGUGGCCUGUCCUUACAAACAAGGGUAAUAUUAUCAUAUUUCGCUAUGUUUAUUUUUAUUUUCUGGAUUUAGAGAUUAAAUGUGAUGGACGGCGUAUAGUGAAAGUGGGAUUUGUUUGUUGGUCUCGAGGUCUUUACGCUGUGAUUUAUAUUGAAUUUAAUGUUUAUCCAGCGAGAUCGGCAUACGUUGCACGUAAGAAGUGGCGAUUACCUUAUAGUGAGAUUGUUCACCCUAUCGAGAUUUUGAUUUUUGAUUCUACACAUACGAAAGAGGAGAACAUAUCAUUUGUACAAGCUCAAGCUUAUCAUUUUUUUUAAUGUGUCCGUCGAUAUGCGUAUUAUGUACCGGAUGAGUUAAGACAAAAAUGUUUGGAACAUACUAAUAUGUUUCCCUCGUAUCAUUUGGCUAAUAUUUUGAAAUAUCAGCAAAAACUUGUGUUGAAAAUACAAAGGUUUGUGUGUAUGAGUUGUAUUUGUACUCGUAUGUACGAACGUUAUACUUGGGAAAAUACUCAGUUCUCCAAACCACGCUGUAGCUGCAACGAUUUGUGUGGCAACAUUAUGCCGGAUAUCUAUAGAGACACAGGUUAUUGGUGUGACAAUGUGGUGUUUUUUACCACCGCUUCACGAUGAACACGAUAAGAAAUUAUAUGAAUUGUUGGAGUAUGAAAAACGAUCGCUGCGUCGAGGGAAAUUUCAAAGUUGUUAUUUGAUUUAUGGGCAGAUAUGACGUACGAUAUUGGAUUUAUGUACAACAGGAAUCAUUAGAUGGACUGAUGAAAUCAUGGGAUUUGAUAAUAACAGAUAUGAGGAAUAUGGAUUUACAUUAUAGAUCACAGAUUGUUAUAAAAUGGACAUAUAGUAUGAAAAAACAUCGUGUUCAACGAGAUAGUGUAGGUUGUAGAUAUAUAAAAAUGCCAAGAUGUAAACAUCAUUUUAGUCAUCAUGGUAUGAUAUCUUUAGAACAAAAAAUGCAUUAUGUUUAUAUUUAUCUGUAUACUUGUACGUAUGAAGCAGGUAAUAGUAAUAGUGUAGAAUAUUACAUAAAGUAUUUUGUUAAAGAAUACAACGUACUGGUUUCGAAGUAUUUUAUAGAACCAUUUAUACAUUAUACGGAUUAUUGUAUGAUAAUACAUGUUUUUUGUCUGAGACGUGCGAUUGCUUUUGUUACGAUGAAUGUAGAUGUAAAUCUGUUGUUGAUAGGUUUUCUGUUUAGUGUUAAAUUGAUUGUUCUUUUUUUAAUAAAUUGCUUGCUAUGUGUAUGUGUUCUUUCAGUUUUGUGUGAUUCGAGAAUGGGCGAGUAUCUUGAAAGUUUAUUCUUAAGACAGCAUAACCAACUUCGACAUGCUGAACAAUGUUUCGUAGACAAACAUAAAAAAGAGAUUGUACAGCGAAUUAUGCAUGUGAUAGACUGCGAGGCAUAUAUGAUUUCGAAAGGACAUGUUUAUUUAAGAGAGAUUUCGGUGUACAUGUCCUAUCAAGUAUAUAUGCUGUUACGUUUUUAAUAGACGGUAAAUGAACAGUGAAACAUACAUAAAAAGCUAAGAAUAUAAAGUUAUAAAAUUCUGACUGUCCGCCAUCUUGUUCUAUCCCCAUUUCCUGGCCGUGUGUCACAGGGAACCCAAAACGGUACCCUACUAUCGUUACAUCUCUUCUCCUUAAGUUUCUUAAUUAUAGCUUCAAAACAAAACUCAACGGAAACUGUUCGAUUGUUCGAAUUAGCUAUGCGUUAUCAUAAACAAGUUCGAUAACUGUUCUAUGUAAUCAACCGAUCACAUUCGGUUCAAACCUAUAACUAGUUUAUUUAAAGGUUUAGUGUCAAUUGCACUCGUAAUCUUCAAAACGUUUUGGAGCACGAUGACUUCGUCCCGAGCGGCGUACAUUACCAUCUUCCCCAUGUCUCUGGCCUCCCAUUGUAUCUACUUCAGGGGGCUCGUUGAUUGAUUCGUCGUCAGUCAACAGCUCAUCUGCAUUGGACAGUUCGGUUUGUAAAGGUAACUGCUCUGCGGUCGUACGUAAAUGCCUUCGAUUUCGACGAUAUCUUCUUCCAUUGACCUCAACCAGGUAAGAUCGAAAACCCAUAACUUCAAUGACCUUACCAAGAGACCAUCUUGAAUCACCCGGACAACGCAUUCGGAUAACAUCCCCUGCUGACAGCCUUUUCAACUUCCGCGACUGUCGAUCAAAAUAUUUCUUUUGCUUCUCUUUGCCUUUCUCCAUCUUCUUCGUCACUCCUUCGAUAAGAGUCGGUUUCAACAGUUUCUUUGCAACAGGAAGACGUGUGCGAGUACGUCUACCAUACAGUAACUGGGCGGGAGAAGCACCCAUGCCUUCGGUUGGUGUAUUGCGCCAUUCGAGUAUGCUGAGGAGUGGAUCCUGUUUGUCGUCGCGAGCUUUCUUUAACAAUGAUUUGCAGGUCUUUACAGCAUUCUCAACUUUUCCAUUGCUUUGUGGGUGGUGAGGACUAGAGGUAAUAUGGUUAAAAUCCCAUUCGUCACUAAAGUCUUUAAAACUUUCGCUGUUGAAUGGCGGGCCAUUAUCGCUCAUCACUGAAAUAGGAAUACCGUGUCGAGCAAACCACGACUUCAGUACGGUGAUGACACGCGAUGCCACUGUACUUGUCAUGUCUUGAACUUCAAACAGCCCAGAAUAAUAAUCCACCGCUAUUAGGAAUGUCUGUCCGUCCAACUCAAAUAAAUCUACGCCGACUUUCUCCCAUGGUAUUUCGAGCGCUUUGUGAGGGUGCAAUGGUUCUUUGCAUUGUUCUGGUCGAUAUCUGUUACAAAUUCCACAUUUGGAUAUGUAAUCUUUAAGAACUGCCGUAAUUCCAGGCCAGUAGACGGUGUCACGUGCUCGUCUCAAAGUGCCUUCGAUACCGAUGUGUGAUUGAUGCAAGCUUUUCAUGGUAUUUUGACGCUCUGCCGCAGGUAUCACCACGCGGUGUCCUUUAUACACAAUGCCAUCUUCAUAGGUCAAUUCAUCACGACUGUUCCAGUAUAAAUAGAAAACUCUCUUACUGGGAUUAUCGAGUUUGGAUGCUUCCUUACGAUUGUCAGGCCAACCAUGAGUGAUAAAGUGGAUCAGAAUUUUGAGCUCCUCAUCUCUGCUUGUUUCUUCCCGCAGUUUCUUCAAUUUUCGUGGGAGAACAUUUAGGUCUUCAUCAUGCUUUAACUGUUCGAGUUCAGCUGAAAAUACUUGUUCUUUCACUGCUCGUACAUCACAAGACUCUCUUUGUUUUGCGCUGACAUUCAAAUACGCUCGACUGAGCGUAUCAGCCAGAUACAUCAUGGUUCCUUUCUUGUAUUCGACUCGGAUAUCGUAGCUUUGUAGUCGUAAUCGCAUCCGUUGCAACCUCUUCGGUGCGCUGUGAAUGGGUUUUCUAAAUAUAGUCUCCAGUGGCUUGUGGUCUGAUUCUACCACUACGUCGCUCUUUCCGAAAAUGUAUUGGUCGAACUUCUCGCACGCGUAGACAAUGGCUAAGAGCUCUUUCUCUAUUUGCGCGUAGUUGCGCUCAGUUGCUGUUAGUGCUCGAGAGCUGUAGGCAAUUGGGUGGCCAUCUUGUAGAAGAGCAGCUCCAAGACCGGUUUGGGAGGCAUCACACUGUAUAGUUACGGGCUUUGUGACGUCAUA